UCAGCAUUCUGACUGCGCGGCGACUUGAAAACUGUAAACACCUGCUCCAAAAGUUUAUUAAAAAUGAGUUCGUCUGGGAAAGUUCAGGAGAGGAGAAUAAUAAAAAUUAGUAGAAAAUGUUGCGUUCUGGGAUGUAGGAGUACAUCAGUGAAUAGCCCAAAUUUGAGUUUUUAUCGAGUUCCACCGCAAGACCGACCGCUGUCAGUGAUAACCUCAAAAAAUGGUAGUGAAAUUAAAGCCAUUCAUAUGCGGGAUCUAUGGAUUGAAAAAUUGCAAGUUCAUAAAUUAUUGAAAAAUUCACGUGUCUGCAGUUUGCACUUUUUGUCUACUUGUAGGUUUCGUAGGUUUUGAAGAAGGGAAACCGUACACAAGCGAAUAUUGUACUAUUAGAUUUAUUCGCCAAAGCGUGUAACGUGGUAUACAAUAUAAUUAUAAGUGGUUGAAAAGCGUGUGACUGAUAGUGCGACUGAUCAGCAUCGUAGUCGAAUCGUACUGACUCUGCUCUAGUCGAGGCACCUGUGUGAGUGUGCUCUACAGGUGCGUGUGGGUGUAGAUGUAGCAGAGCGCUACAUACUGACUAUGUCCUCUCAGAGUAUUCCGGAGAGUGCACGAUGAAACGACGUCUGCUCAAUAAAUAUGCGAUUCCUAGCCAAAAUUUACCGUCCUGUUCAAACCCACAUCGCCAGCAAGAGUUUGGAGAAAAUCCAUUGUCAUCGCCGUCUGCACGAGGCAGUACGUCCCCAUUCCAAAAAGCGGAUCUCUUAGAGACAAAUGUAACGCCACGUACCCCUAAUUCUGCAUCUCCUGGUACCAGAGGGAGUACAUCCAAAUUCAAGGUGACUCAAUUGUUUGAAGGAAGAGAUGUAGUUAAAUGUGAUCUGCGCACAAUAUUUGAUGUUCUCAAUGAUGUCAGGUGUGAUAAUCCAGAUUGUCCGGAAAUGCAGUUGUCCGAAUCACUGCAUACCACUGUCGACAAUUUAGAAGAGCCUGAGCCGGAGGACCUCGACCCUGGUAUGCGAGUACCCACCGGAGAUACGACACAUAUCGACGUCUCUGUACAAGUGGACUCCCGAGAUUUAGCAAAACACGCAGACGUCUCUAUACCAUUCGCCACCAGAGAUCGGCCCCCACACGUCCAUGCUUCUGUACAAGUAACGAGUGGGAAUAUUUAUUCGCCCUUUUCGACAAAAAUAACUACUGACCACCAACUGUCAGUUUUAUGCGGAAUCAGAAAUCAUAAAAUCUUGGAUCGCUUAAUAUUAGAAAUAACCACCAUUUAUCCCGAACAGCGAAAACAUAAAAUGACAUUGCGAGAACGUGUUAUUAUGACAAUGAUGAAAUUGAAAAAUGAUCUCAAGUUUUCGUGCUUAGCAGUAAUAUUUAAUUGCGUAGCUGAAUCAACGUGUCGAGCGAUUUUCGUAGAUACUCUACAAAAGUUAGCCAGAAUUUUGCAAGUUUAUCAUACUGAACUGGCAAGAUGACGAUAUUAUCGACCUUAGACGAAUAAAUAACAAAAUCACAUUU